AUGGUUGAGGUUGAAGGGAGUAUUGGUUCUGAAAACGACGACCUCAUGCUUGUUGACGAUAUACCCUACAAUGGAAAGAAUUUGUGCGAUAUGCCGCCGGAAAUUGUUGCCCAGAUUUUUAAAUAUUGCCCAGCCAAAUCCAGAAUGAACUUGGCGCAUUGCUCGAAAAAUUUUCUUGCUCUCGAGUUGACAAUUCCUUUUCACGUUGUGUCUGCAACCAUCCGGACCUUCGAUUCAAAAGACACUGUCAGUCUGCAUAUUCAGCUAAUUAUCGAAGGAACUGGAGCCGAAGAUGCAAUCAAGGCAUCUUAUAAGGAAUGCCCGUUUUAUACAAAACAUCCAUUUCUUUUUCUAGGCUACAUUUAUGCUCAUAAUUACGAUGUGUUGGCUCGAAAUUUGUUUCAGCGAGUUGUUCGAAAAACUACGAUUCCCGAAUUGUAUAUCAAUUCGGACUUUUUCCUCUCAUGUGAGGAAAUUCAGAUGGUGAGGGGAUGCAAGGAUUUGACCCUUGAGGCAAACAAUGAAGAAGACAUGGUGACAUGCUUCAAGAAGUUUGACACUGAUGAAUUCCAACAUCUUCAUGUCGUCAUGGAUGAUAGUGAGUGGAUCAGGAAUAUUCAUCCACAGAUAACCAAAGCUAAGCUGUUGAACCUUACCAUGUGCGUAACUGAAGAGGUAUUCAUGAGUAUUACCGCGAACUCGAUUGCCGUUACUGGUGAAAAUAUUGAUGAGCAAAUGCUUCACAAUUUUGUCAAGCGUUGGGCGAACGGUGAGGGGCCAGAGAACUUUAAAUGUCUCGCUAUCACUGAUACUGACAACAUCGAUUUCGAAAAGGUCAUCGAUGGAUUGGACGCCGUGGACUUUGAUGAGGAAAUGGAAAUGCACAAUGUUUCAUCGAGAUCCGCCACUCUAUGUCGUGAGAUUAUGGAGGAUGAGAUACUUUUCGUUGUGACUGGCUCGACGGAUGAUGACCAAUUGGUAAUCAAGUAUCCAGAGACUUGGGUAUAA